AUGUUAUUCUUGAAAUUAGUUUCAAAUAAUGGCAAUCAAUGGGCAGACAAUGUGUUGAGACAUAACAUAAGGCAAUACAAGACUUUGUUUAGCAACAAAUUAGUCCAAAAACAUGUAACCGAGUCAUUGAAGACCAAGAGUUGGUCAGUGGCCGUCAUCGGCGGUGGAGUCUUAAGCGCCACUUAUUAUGUAUAUCACAAGAAUAGAGCCAAAUGUGACUUCGAUGUGGACCAAGUGGUCGAUGUGGUAGAGAGUGAUAAUGCAGUUAACAAAUCGAUUCAAAACGAAAAGUUUAAUUUGCGGCGAGUUUUGCAAUACUUGAAACCGGAUUCACUGUAUUUACUGAUUGCCAUAACUAGCGCCUUAAUUGUGGCCAUACUUAACAUUGAGAUUCCGCUGUCGAUCGGUUCCGUUAUGGAUGUGUUGUCGAGGUUUGCCAACGAAGAGAACUCAUCGUUUUGGUCGAAUCGCUUCUUUGCCGAAAUAAAAUCGCCGGCGUUUCGAGUCUUCGAGUUAUUCGUACUUCAAAGUUUUUUCACAUUUCUAUACAUCUCAUCGCUGGCAGUGGUCGGCGAGAGGAGCGCCACAAGAAUUAGAAGUGAUUUGUACAAGACUUUGUUUAGCAACAAAUUAGUCCAAAAACAUGUAACCGAGUCAUUGAAGACCAAGAGUUGGUCAGUGGCCGUCAUCGGCGGUGGAGUCUUAAGCGCCACUUAUUAUGUAUAUCACAAGAACAGAGCCAAAUGUGACUUCGAUGUGGACCAAGUGGUCGAUGUGGUAGAGAUUGAUAAUGCAGUUAACAAAUCGAUUCAAAACGAAAAGUUUAAUUUGCGGCGAGUUUUGCAAUACUUGAAACCGGAUUCACUGUAUUUACUGAUUGCCAUUACUAGCGCCUUAAUUGUGGCCAUACUUAACAUCGAGAUUCCGCUGUCGAUCGGUUCCGUUAUGGAUGUGUUGUCGAGGUUUGCCAACGAAGAAAAUUCGUCCUUUUGGUCGAAUCGCUUCUUUACCGAAAUAAAAUCGCCGGCGUUUCGAGUCUUCGAGUUAUUCGUACUUCAAAGUUUUUUCACAUUUCUAUACAUCUCAUCGCUGGCAGUGGUCGGCGAGAGGAGCGCCACAAGAAUUAGAAGUGAUUUGUUUGCAUCGAUCAUACGAUUUGACAAUUCAUUCUUCGACUCACAGAAGUCGUCGGAAAUAAUCACUCGUCUGACAAACGAUGUCCAGGAAUUCAAGAGCUCUUUCAAACUCUGUGUCUCUCAAGGAUUGCGGAGCUUUACUCAAAUAAUCGGGUGCUCUAUAUCUCUGUUCGUGAUAUCACCCAAAAUGACAAUAUUAAUGGCAUCUAUAGUGCCAUCAAUGGUCGUUUGCGGCGCUUUCAUGGGAACAUUUCUUAGACAAAUGUCCAAAGAAUCUCAAGAACAGUCGGCCAAAGCGUCGGGAAUCGCCGGCGAAGCCAUCGGUAAUGUUCGGACCGUUAAAGCGUUUGCGAUGGAAGAAAGUCAAGAGAAUUUGUACAGCAAAGAGCUGACGACAGCCCAAGAAUUAAACAUCAGACUCGGUAUAGGUAUAGGAGUAUUGCAAGGAUUGACAAACUUGGGACUCAAUUCCAUUGUAUUGGGAACUCUUAUUUAUGGCGGAAAACUCUUAUCCAACGAUGAGAUAAGUGCCGGAAAUUUAAUGUCGUUUUUGGUGGCGACGCAAACCAUUCAGAGAUCACUUUCGCAAUUGUCUCAACUUUUUGGUCAUUUUAUUCGCGGCACGUCUGCCAUCACUCGGGUCUUCGAAUACAUGGAUAUCAAACCGACUGUUAUUUUGUACAAAGGAGUUGUACUCAACAAAGUUGUUUUUCGCAAUUGUCUCAACUUUUUGGUCAUUUUAUUCGCGGCACGAGUUGUACUCAACAAAGUUGUUGGUGAAAUUGAGUUCAAAAAUGUCAACUUUUCUUAUCCGAGUCGUUCUCAACACAAAGUUCUCAAUGAUUUCAACUUAAAACUUAUUCCCGCGAAAGUGACCGCUAUUUGUGGCCUUUCGGGCGAAGGAAAGUCAACAAUCGCUUCCCUUUUGGAGCGAUUCUAUGACAUAGAGUCGGGUUCUAUCACUUUAGAUGGCUGUGAGAUCAGUUCAUUGGACGCGUCGUGGCUCAGACGACACGUGAUUGGGUUCAUAAAUCAGGAACCGGUUCUCUUCUGCACAACAAUUAUGGAAAACAUACGAUUCGGAAAACCUGAGGCCACCGAUGAGGAGGUGAUGAGAGCCGCAGAGAUGGCCAACGCAGACAAGUUUAUCAGAGAAUUUCCGGCCGGAUAUAAGACAAUUUUUCGCAAUUGUCUCAACUUUUUGGUCAUUUUAUUCGCGGCACGAGUUGUACUCAACAAAGUUGUCGGUGAAAUUGAGUUCAAAAAUGUCGACUUUUCUUAUCCGAGUCGUUCUCAACACAAAGUUCUCAAUGAUUUCAACUUAAAACUUAUUCCCGCGAAAGUGACCGCUAUUUGUGGCCUUUCGGGCGAAGGGAAGUCAACAAUCGCUUCCCUUUUGGAGCGAUUCUAUGACAUAGAGUCGGGUUCUAUCACUUUAGAUGGCUGUGAGAUCAGUUCAUUGGACGCGUCGUGGCUCAGACGGCACGUGAUUGGGUUUAUAAAUCAGGAACCGGUUCUCUUCGGCACAACAAUUAUGGAAAACAUACGAUUCGGAAAACCUGAGGCCACCGAUGAGGAGGUGAUGAGAGCCGCAGAGAUGGCCAACGCAGACAAGUUUAUCAGAGAAUUUCCGGCCGGAUAUAAGACAAUUGCACAACAAUUAUGGAAAACAUACGAUUCGGAAAACCUGAGGCCACCGAUGAGGAGAGCCGCAGAGAUGGCCAACGCAGACAAGUUUAUCAGAGAAUUUCCGGCCGGAUAUAAGACAAUUGUUGGCGAACGCGGCUGUCAGAUGUCCGGCGGACAGAAGCAACGCAUUGCGAUCGCGAGGGCUCUUAUUAAGGACCCAUCGGUACUGAUUCUAGACGAGGCCACCUCUGCUUUGGACGCCGACUCUGAACGACUAGUUCAGGAGGCCUUAGAGAAAGUGAUGGUCAAUAGAACCGUGCUGGUAAUCGCCCACCGGCUGAGUACAAUACAAAACGCCGAUACGAUUGUUGUUAUAUCAAAGGGAAGGAUAGCAGAAAUGGGAACUCAUUCACAACUCAUCAAAGAUAAGCGUUUGUAUUGGAAUCUAAUUCGGCAACAAUUUGACACAAACGAUGGCUAAUGUAUACAUAAUAUUAGCGAUUAGUUUAAAAAUUCUAGCGUUUAUUUUUAUCAACCAUUGUUUGACUCAAUUUUGUUAUAGAUUAUAACGUAAAAUAAAGUUUUACAACAAUUAUACGAUAUAUAAAUUUAAUAAA